AUGGCGGAGCCUACCCACCCUGAGAAGGCCCCGGGUCAGUCUCUUUCCUCUAGCCUUCAUGCUGUCUUGACCGAGCUUCACCGGCGACCAUACCCUCAUGUGCCUAACCCGCCCGCCUGCAAGAAGCGCGCCUCGGUCGCCUUGAUUCUGCGAAUCAAGCCAACCUAUGAACAUUGGCCGUGCCCAACAACGGAGGCUGGGGAUCCCUCUCGGUCGGUGGAGGAGCGCCUAGAGGAUUUCUUCGCCCAACCGUGGGUCCAACAUGGGGACCCGGAGGUUCUGUUCAUCAAGCGUGCAUCGCGGGUGGGGGAUCGUUGGACAGGCCAUGUUGCACUCCCAGGGGGCAAGCGAGACCCUGAGGAUGCUGAUGACCGGGAAGCGGCCAUUCGAGAGGCAUCAGAGGAAAUUGGACUGGAUCUGACGACGGACGAUACGAUUAGCGUUGGCAACCUGCCUGAGCGAGUGGUGACCACGAGUUGGGGCUCGGUACCACUCAUGGUGCUCUGUCCAUUCGUCUUCAUCACCACUCGGAUGGAUUCCCCCACGUUGAAACUCCAACCCACGGAGGUGGCUUCGACUCAUUGGAUUCCCCUACGAGCCCUCCUAUCACCGUCGCUUCGUACCGUAGAAUAUGUGGACUUGUCGCAGCGGUUUGCUCAGCAGGGUGGGUUCUUGACUCGCAUGCUCGUUCGGUCAUUACUGGGCUGGAUGCAGUUCUCGGCCGUUCGUCUGCUCCCGUCCGAAAGCCAGCACUGUACCUCGAUUCCAGGAUUUGUUCCAGAUGGCAGCGAGCGUGAUAAACCUUCAUUGGUAAAUCGUUUCAAAACAUGGUGUUUGAGCAACCAGGCGGAUUCUGGUGAUAGGAACCGCCCACUUCUGCUGUGGGGCCUGACUCUGGGAGUCCUGGCUGAUUUCUUGGAUAUGCUACCUCCUCACACUGCGGUCCAGCUCUGGAAGUACCCGACCUUUACUUCCCAAGAUCUCGGAUUGAUUGUGAGUAUUUUGACUUAUAAUCUGCGAAAGCGCAAUGCGCGCGAAGUCAAAAUGGGGGCUCGCCCCAGUGAUACAGCUGUGGAUAGCGAGACCGCUGCGGUGCCCGUCACUUCGGAUGCCAAUGGUCAUGAUCACAAUGAAGUUGGCAUUGGUGGUCUCGGGGUUGGACGAUACUACGGUCCUGGAGAUCGGGGCGCGGAUGGAACCUCGUAUGCUGUAGGUAUCAUGUUGCGGGGAUACUAUCAGCGACUGCGCAUGGCGAUUAUAGUGUUUCUUGCUUGGCGCAUGACCAUUGGAUCGGCCGCAGUCUUUGCAGCCUGGCGAUUCUAUCGUCGUCGGCUUCAAUAA